UUAUGUCUAUGAAUAUGGGAUCGAUUAUAUCCCUAUGUUUGAUUGCAUUGAAAAAUUUUCUCUUUUCUUCAACUCUGGUGGUACAUUUAUCAAGAUUGGAGAUUCAACUGAAUACUUUGGUGGGAAUUUCAAGUCUGUGUAUGGCUCUGAUAGUAACCCUAAUAAGGAUGAUGGUGAUGGUGUUAAUGUUGUUCAUAAUGCAUCUGAAGGGAGUAACUCUGCAAAUAGAUUGGCAGAUGGUGAUGGUGAUGUGAAUGUUGGAGAUAAUGCAACUGGAGAUGAACACCCAGAUUCUGAUGCAAAUAUUGAUGAUGAUGAUGCAAAUGAUGGAGAUAAAGCAGUUGGAGGUGGAGUGCUAGCAGAUGUGGCUAUGUGCUUUGAUGAGGAUAGUGAUGAUGAAGAGUAUUUCCUAGUGGGUGUUAGCUCAUCAGAUGAUGAUCUGACUGAUGAGAAACAUGCUUCUGAUGAUGAUGAAUACCUUAAAGCCAGACAAAAUUUGAGGAAAUGUAAUAACAAGAUGGUUGAAGAAGAUGGUGGAGCAAACAAUACAUUCCCAGAUUGUCUGCCUCAAAUGGACUUGGAUGGGUGUUGG